ACGGACGCAUCUGUAGACAAAUAAUACCAUGGGCUCCAGACUGAGCAGGCAGAGCAGCCUGGACAAUGAGAAUUUCUCCAAAAAGCGACGCAAGCUGGUAGACAGCAGCGGGGAGAGCGACAGGGGCAGUCGGGGCGGCGGAGACUUUCUGUUCGCGCUGAUGCUGAAAUCAGACAAACUGCCAGGGAUGCUGCGCAGGACCAACCACAGCCCGUACAUGAGGCGGGUGGCGUGGAUCAAAGAGAUCCAGAAGCUGCUCCGCGACCGCAGGAUCGAGCAGGCGACCGACGUGCUCAAAUUACUGAGGAAGGAUCUCGGUUUGGAAGGCACCUCGCUCAACGACAUCUUGUACAAAAACGCAGCCUUCCUGAACCUGGUGGACCCGAUCUCACACGAGCUGCUGCUCAGCCUGGCUCGAGAGAUGCAGUGUCCCAAGAAGGAUGCAGACACCAUAAAGUCUUCAGAUAAGAUUUGCAGACAGCUGAUCUACCACCUGACCCCGCACUCCAAGUGGCUGAGGCAGAGCAUGUCCAGACGGAAAUCCCAGGCCUGUCUGAAGACGACCCUGCAGAAGAAGCUGUCCAGCGACUCGGUCGACCUGUCCGGCAUCCCUCUGUCCACGCGCGACGUCCGAGAGGUCGCUUUCUACCUCCAAAACAACAGAGACAGCGUGGUGGCCGUAGACAUCAGCUUCACCGAACUCCAGGACGAGAACCUGAGGAUCCUCCUGCCUCUCCUGGCCUCGCUGCCCAAGCUCAGCACCCUGGCUCUCAACGGUAACCGCCUCACCCUGGCUAUUCUCAAAGACCUCACCGAGAUGCUCAAAGACCCCAAGAUGUUCUCCAGCCUGGCCUGGAUCGACCUGGGCAACAACGUGGAUAUUUUCACCAUGCCUCAGCCGCUGCUCGUCGCUUUGCGUCGGCGCUGCAGCCUGAAGAGCAGUUUACCCACCAUCUACGAGUACACGGAGGGCCAGCCCUACUGCUACCACCUGGAGACCUCCAUCGAGGAGCCCAGCCACUACGAGGAGGAAGAGGAGGACGAGGACGAGGCGGAGGACGACGAGGAAGAGGUGGGGAACAAAUUCGAGCUGGAGCCGUGGGCUCUGGGGGAGAAGCAGCUGUCCAAAGACUUCACCCUGCACUACUGCGAGAGGUGAUGGGGCCUUUUCUCGCCGAGGCUCUUUCAGCUGUGGUUGAAACGUCGUCCCACAGCACUCCGUUACUUCCUUCGCCCUUUCGCCCUCAUGCCACGAGCCUGGUCACCCUUCGAGGCUCGGGGGAGACCGAUGCCCACAUUGUGAACUUCUCGUCCCGACACGGCUACCAAGCUAUUCCUAACCAUCUCUGAGUUAACCCACACAAGAUGACAGCGAGGCGACGCGGCGGUGGACUUACUGUGUUGGUGGAUGGUGCUCUUGGGAACAAGGUGCGGUUUCAUUGGAGGGGGGCUGGAAGAGUUAAUGAACUGGUGCUCGCUCGCUCUCUCUCUCGCUCUCUCUCUCUCGCUCUCUCUCUCUCUCUCUGAUAGUGGCAGCUGAAGAGCCAAUCCCAAGGAGAUUCAGAUCAGUUGGUUGGAUGGAGGAGCAGCAUCCCGGCGGUAGCUGAAGAGGAACUGGAGUUCGUUUGGAAACAGGGGGUCCCUGUGGGUUCUCUACCAGGACUGAGACUAUCUCUGGCAGGCAGGGCCUAGCUCCACAUUGUGUGUUCUCUGUUAAUCUCUCAACAAAAGCUAUGACACAAGUUCAACAGACUAUACAGCCGACGACCCGUCACGUGACGCCGGCAAAACUGCUAGGUCAAGACUUUUUGCGUUUUCCCCCCCUUUCCAAAUGUCCACUUGUGAAUACCCACGCAGCCCUUGUGUAGAUGUAAAUGAGGACACAAAACAUGGCUCUGUUGUGUUUCCACGGGCUAUUUUUGUGCACUUUUGGUGAACAAAGCAAUCUUAGAAGACAACAGGUAGGACUCAACAAUGGAGAGCUGUCACUGAUUGUUUUGUACUUGUCUAAAUGCUGGUAUUCACCUCUUUGUAAUGACUGAGCUGUUGUAGUCAUCACCACAGCAUUUCACUGCAGUCUGAGCAGCGUCCUCCUGCCGUGUGUCUCCACACAUGUGUUGUCUUUCCACUCACUGUGUUUGCUAUGAGACACAGCCAUGACUGUUAUCUCUGUCUGCUGUAGCAUAUGAUGAUGAUGAUGAUGAUGAAGACGUUAGACUGACACUGCAGUGCACUUUAAAGGGAUUAUUUGUUGUAAUGUUUCAGUUUCUCUGCAGCUCUGUGUGUUUAUUUACAGAUCUGAAGCUGAAC